CUGAAGCGAACAAUACACAGGCUUGAAGAAGCCAGUAAAGAAAAGAGAAUCUUCAAAGCCUUUCUUCUUUUCUUCUUCUUCUUCACUGCAUAUAGUUUUACCAUUCUCCUUUGUAUCUCCGAAGAGCGAGGAGACGGACAUGGCUGGACCUUCUUCUACAAAAUCCAUCAAAUUCCUCUGUAGCUACGGCGGCAAGAUUCUCCCACGUCACCCUGACGGCAAGCUCCGUUACUAUGGCGGCGAGACCCGGGUCCUGUCCGUUGAUCGCUCCAUCUCUUUUUCCAAGCUGCUGGUGAAGCUCGGGGAAAUGUAUGGAGCAUCGGUGAGUCUAAGGUGUCAGCUCCCAGCUGAAGACUUGGACGCGUUGGUGUCCAUAACUUCCGAUGAGGAUCUCGCCAAUCUCAUCGAGGAAUAUGAUCGCUGCGGGUCCAUCAAGAUUAGAGCUUUCCUUUCGCCGCCGAAAUCCACCAAAAAGGGCUCUCCUCCUCCGCUCUCAACUGCUUCUUCCUCUACUAGCAAUAGCUCUAUGUCACCAAGAUUACCCUGCACUGCUCCAAGAUUCUUAGCAUCGUCUCGUGGUGGGAAGGGCAUCCAUCAGAUGUCGAAGCUCUCAGUGAUGUCUCCGAGUUAUGAGAAACGUGGUGGAAGACCUCCUCAGUGUGCCCACCACCUUGGUGCUGGAAACACUGGCCAUAUUUACUUGAUCCACCAUGGAAAUUACUGGCAGUAAUGGAAGCUGGAACUUAAGAAAAAGAAGGCAAACUUUUAUUGAACAUAUAUAAGGACUAUGGUCUAUGGAGUACUAAAUAUGAAAUUGAUAUACUACAGAACAUAUCCAAGGAACCUGCAAAAGCAUAAGAGUAGAACAUAUGUACUCCAUAUGAUAUAAGAAGUGUUUUGGGAUUGGUGUUUUUUGUUAAUCCAUCCUUGGCAAUUUAUAGUCAAGUUUAGUUUUGGGACCUUAGAAAUAUGAUAGUGACUGGUGAGUAGUUGUUCAGUCACCCUUGCAAGUCUCUUGUUUCCUUUUCUUGCAAGCUAAUUGUAUAUAACCGAUAAUUUUCCAUUCAUUUUAUGCUAUUAUAGCUAAAGCAUUAUCAUCAA